AUGGUUUCGCAGUUUCAUGAUUGUCGGUGGUCAUUGUUUUUAUUCGUUUGUCUUUUCAGUGGCUUAGUGACAGUAGCAUUACUGUGUUCGGUCCUCGUCUUACUGUACUAUUUGAGCACGAGAAAACCGAGAGGUUUUCCUCCAGGACCGAAAUGGCUACCAGUGCUAGGCUCUCUACUCGAAGUUUCAAAGCUACGGAAAGAAACUGGCUACUUUUCGGAAUCAUGCAACAUCCUCAGCGCCAAAUAUGGAUCGAUCAUUGGACUGAAGAUUGGAUUUGAUAAGAUCGUUAUUUUGAAUGACUUUGAAAGUAUGAAGGCAAUGAUAACGAACGAAGAUUGCGACGGUAGACCCGUCGGGCCUGUCUACGAAUCACGCACGUUUGGCAAACGUCGAGGGCUAAUAGUAGUAGACGGCCAUCUAUGGACGCAGCAGCGUCGUUUCAUCCUCCGGCAACUUCGUGAUUUUGGUUUCGGUCGUACAGACAUGGCACUACAGAUUGAGUUCGAAGCAGCCCAAUUGGUCAAGUACUACGAGGGCUUGAUUCGCGAUAACGCUAGUGAAUUUUACGAUCGCUUCAACAACAACGUCGACGGUAAACUAGCACAGAAGAAGGCAAAAUGUAACGGGAAAAUUUAUUGUUUAGCUGAAGGUGAUUUAAAGAAAGAAGAUAAAGAAGAGAAGACAGAGGAAGAAGUUCCGAUGAAGAAGUCAAUUACUGCUGAAGAUUUUUACAUGAAGAUUGAUGAUGAUGCCGAAAUUAGGGAAGCUGCCAAGGUGCCUGGUAUCAUUGUCGAGAUGGAAGACUUUUUUGGAGUGCCGGUGCUGAAUACGUUGUGGACUAUGAUGGCUGGCAAGAGGUACAAUUUCAACGACGAAGAAUUAAUUUAUCUGCAAAGAAUUUUUACCAGGCUCCUUCGUGAUGUUGACAUGUUUGGCUGCCUCUUUGGCCAUUUUCCUUUUCUCAGAUACAUAGCUCCUGAAAUGUCAGGCUACAGAAAAUUUGUCGAGAUUCACGCGCAAGUUUGGAAAUUCCUACGUAAUGAGCUGGACAAUCACAAAAAGACCUUUAAACCAGAAGCACCGAGAGACUUGAUGGACGUUUACUUGAACGUAUUGGAGUCUGGCAAUCCAGAUUAUGAUCACACUUUCACCGAAAGUCAACUGUUGGCGAUAUGUGUAGACCUGUUUAUCGCCGGUUCGGAAACAACAUCCAAGGCCCUAAGCUUUGGCUUUCUCUAUCUCGUGCUCAAUCCGAAAGUGCAGAAGAAGGCCCAACACGAGCUCGACUUAGUCGUCGGACGCGAAAGGUUACCGUCCUUGAACGACAGGGCUAAAUUGCCUUACAUGAAUGCGGUUGUAUGGGAAUCAAUAAGAAUGUUCAUGGGUCGAACGAUGAAUGUACCUCAUCGAGCCACGAAAGACACUACCAUUAUGGGAUACAAAAUACCUAAGGAUACAAUGUUAGUGGUGAACUUUAAUCAAAUUCUAAUGGGUGACUUUUGGGGCGAUCCAGAGGCAUUUCGUCCCGAGCGUUUCAUCGACGAAUCUGGAAAAUUAUUUCUACCCGAAAAAUUUCUCCCAUUCAGUUUCGGCAAACACCGCUGCAUAGGAGAAGUGCUAGCUAAGAGCAACGUGUUCGUAAUAACAGCGGCGUUACUUCAAAGCUUCACGUUCGCGCCAGUGCCAGGCGAAGAUCCGCCGCGCAACGAGUACGUCGACGGUGUCACCGCAAGCCCUAAGCCCUUCCGUGUGCUCAUGACUAAACGAACAUAGAUAUUGUAAUAGUUGUG